ACUGAAAGGACUUUUCAUCAGUGCCUGCGGAUGAACCACCCCCGAUGAUGAUGCAUCCUCAUGAUUAUAUCACUACCCCCUGGGUCGACCCUCCCCCGGACACUUCGGAUAUUAUAAUACCAGAACUCUUCUCUUCAGACCCUGACUGACCCUCUCUCCCUUAUACUUCCCCCAUUUCUUCCUCCCUACGCUUCAUCUCCUCCCAUCAGUCCUCCAAGCCCAUAAAUCACCUAGGUAUACCAUCAAGCGCAUACCGUUGCACAUCAGAGCCUAGGAAAAGAACUCACCAUCCCGGACCCAAGCCCGAAGGCGCAAAAGAAAAAAAGGAAAUCAUACACAGUAUCACGAUGGUGCUCAGCAGAGUGGCAUUGGGCUUUCUUGGCCUCUUCUUCACAGCGGGAGCCCUCCUGCUCAUGUUCCUGACUCUCCUGGGCGGCGCGACCAACACCCGACCCUUGAACGAGAUCUACUUCCUGCAGGUCGACACAAGCAACAUCCCGGGGGCACCCUCGCUGUCUCGCUGGACGUUCUGGCAGCUAUGCGCGGUGGUCAAUGGCAAGAGCCAAUGCGGCUCGUCUCACCCGGACUACCCCUUCGACCCCCCCAGCUCUCGUAACUUCGACACCACCACCAACAUCCCCGCUGCCUUCAUCGGAACGAACCACUACUUCCUCACCUCGCGGUUCUCCUUCCCCUUCCUCCUGAUCGCCCUCUUCUUCGGCGUCAUCUCCCUCCUCACCGGCUUCCUGGCCAUGUGCACGCGCAUCGGCAGCUACCUGUCCUCGCUGAUGGCCUGGAUCGCCCUGGUCUUCCAGAUCAUCUCCACCUGCCUGAUCACUGCCGUCUACGUCCAGGGCCGGAACAAGUUCAACGCCAACAACCAAACCGCCCGGCUGGGAGUCAAGGCCUUCGCCUUCAUGUGGACCGCGGUCGCCUGUCUCUUCCUCGCCUGCCUGGCCUACUGCAUGGGCGGCGCGACGGGCCGCAAGGACCGGGGCCGGGGCUACAGCGGCCGCGAGCACCGCCGGAAGGGGUUCUUCUCGUCCGCUCGCUCCAACAGCUUGAGGAGUAACAAGGAGACUACUGCUACGGUUUAAACUCCCACAGAGAAAGAAAGAGACUUCCCAAUUCGCACUGGUCUUUUGUUGUUGCUGUUGUCCGUACGAGACGAAGAAAGUAACGGGCACGGCGUUUGUUCAUCGAUCAGGUGCAAAGAGAGAGAUUUACUGUUUCUUACUCCCGAUCGAUCUACAUACCUCGCUGGAGAGGGUGGGGUUAACCACCGUGGCUGAGGAAGCUCCGUUUGAUAAUGCUUAUACUCACCCUCCCUUCUGAAUAGUCUCACGCCUAUUCCGCAGCCUAUAUGAAUUUCUUUGAUGUCUUAUUCCCUGAUGCUAUGUUGUGCUGCGCACCCACGCACAUUCUACUGUUCUGACUGUAUACCAUCGUUCAUGAUCUGGUGGCUCGUUAAUCUUAAUCUAUCCUGUUGGGGAUCUGCUUGAGCUUUAGUCGGUUGUUACUUUGUUUGCCGACCUGUACUGUGUACCCUGUAUGCCUUGUUCGCUUACUG